CAGUCCUUCCGGGCCAUCACUUUCCUCCUGCCCUAUGGCGGCUCUCACGGACCUCUCCUUUAUGUACCGCUGGUUCAAGAACUGCAAUCUGGUCCGCAACCUCUCAGAGAAAUAUGUCUUCAUCACGGGCUGUGACUCUGGCUUCGGGAACCUGCUGGCCAGACAGCUGGUUGAUCGGGGCAUGCGGGUACUGGCUGCUUGCUUCACUGAGGAGGGGGCCCAGAAACUUCAGCAGGAUACCUCCUAUCGGCUGCAGACCACCCUACUGGAUGUCACCAAGACUGAGAGCAUCCGGGCAGCAGCCCAGUGGGUGAGGGACCAAGUGGGCGAGCAAGGCCUCUGGGCCCUGGUGAACAAUGCUGGUGUGGGCCUGCCCAGUGGGCCCAAUGAAUGGAUGACCAAGGAGGACUUUGUGAAAGUGAUCAAUGUGAACCUGGUGGGACUGAUCGAAGUGACCCUUCACAUGCUGCCCAUGGUCAAGAGAGCCCGGGGCAGGGUCGUCAACAUGUCCAGCUCUGGUGGUCGUGUCGCAGUCAUUGGUGGUGGCUACUGCGUCUCCAAGUUUGGCGUGGAGGCCUUCUCUGACAGCAUCAGGCGUGAGCUGCACUACUUUGGAGUGAAGGUCAGCAUCAUUGAGCCCGGGAACUACCGGACAUCCAUUCUGGGCAACGAGGGCCUGGAGCUGCGCAUGCGCAAGCUGUGGGAGCGGCUGCCUCAGGAGACCCGGGAGAGCUACGGCGAGGAGUACUACCGCAUCUAUACUGAGAAGUUAACAAACAUGAUGAGGCAGGCAGAGCCAAGAAUCAACGAUGUCACCAACAGCAUGGAGCACGCUAUUGUUUCCCGGAGUCCCCGCAUCCGCUACAACCCUGGCCUGGAUGCCAAACUCCUGUACAUCCCCCUGGCUAAGUUGCCCACCCCUGUAACAGAUUUCAUCCUGAGCCGAUACCUUCCAAGGCCGGCGGACAGCGUCUGAGCUGGGGGAGCUCAAGGGGUGGUUGGUGGAGUGCAGCGGAGGGGGUGGGAUAAAGGACUGUGGCAUCA